AUGUUGUUUCUUAAUUCCGCCCUGGUCCUUGCGGCCUCCGCUAUGGCUCGAGGUAUCACCGAAGCAGCAUCGGAGAUAACGCCCGCACCAAUAGUGAACUGCCCCCUGACAAACUCGAUCCCUGCCUGUGGUAUCGGCUGCCUUAUGUCCGCCGGUAACGCGGCUGGAUGCUUUAAUCCGCUCGAUCUUGCAUGUCAAUGUAAGGCGGCGACGAAGAUACAUUCGCUGGCGUCGAGUUGCGUGGCCAAGUCGUGCGGUGCGGCGGGUGCGUCCACGGUUGACUCUUUGGCGGUCGCCAUAUGCAGUCAAUGCGAGGCCUAG